UUCCUUCGUUUUCCUUCUCUACUAUCAUAACCAUGAGCUAUUGCAGAUGUAUCAAUUAGUUCAUUAGCUAAAAGAAAGCGCUCACAAAAGAACAUGUAUCUCGAACUGGCAAAAGAGCAAGAUACUCAGGCUCACGCCUGCCGGAGGAUAUUUGGCAACUUAUCUGCUCCUUUCUGCCACUGAAAGAUGCUGCGCGUGCUGCUUGUGUGUCACACGCCUUUCAAUCUGGGUGGAGCUGCCAUCCCAGCCUAACCUUUAGUAGAGAAACAAUGGGCUUCAGUGAAAAUACACGUAGACAGGGUAAAGUAACAAGACAUUACAACAGCAGAGUUGGCAAUAUUCUGCAAAAACACUCAGGCGUUGGUGUGAAGACACUCAAUCUUGAAUUCUACGGUCCUUAUAAUGCCAACACCAGCUAUUGUCUUGAUAGUUGGCUCCAGAUUGCUGUUACACCAGGCAUAGAAGAACUCACCCUUCUACUGUCUUCAAAUAUCGUCGAGCUUCCAAAUUUGGACAGUGACCAGUUUUCAUACAAGGCAAACUACAAUUUCCCAUGCACAAUUUUAUCUGAUGGGAUUAGACACUCUAUUCGUGAGCUGGACAUUGUAGGUUGUGCCUUCCGCCCUACCGAAGGAAUUGGUCGCAUGGGAAACCUGAAGAUUUUGUCUCUGUGUUUUGUGCAUAUUACGGGGGAUGAGUUGGGGUUCCUUCUUUCCAACUCUUUUGCUUUGGAGCUAUUGGAACUCAGCUGUUGCAGUGAGAUAAUUUUCAUUAAGAUACCUUCCCUGCAGCGCCUCAGCUCCCUGAAGGUGUCCCAAUGUUGCAUGCUGCAAGUGAUAGAAAGCAAAGCUCUGAAUGUCUCCAGUUUUGACUUUGAUGGGGAACAAGUACAAUUAUUUCUUGGAGAAGCAUUGCAAGUGAAGAAAAUAGACAUAUCACAUUCCGGUGUUCUUCUUUAUGCUCGCACCAUGCUCCCGUCCAGUACGCCAAAUCUUGAAACUCUUAUCAUACAUUCGAUUGGUGAGAUGGUCAGUAUACCAAUGCUACCAAGCAAAUUCCUCCACCUCAAAUGUUUAAAUAUUGCUGUAACUGGAUGGUCCUUUUCUCCGGCUUCUGAUCUUUUGUCGCUCGUUUCUUUUCUUGACGCCUCUCCUUGCUUGGAGACUUUCGAUCUACAAGCACCAAUGAGACGCCAGAACCAUGACUUGGUUUUUGAAGACCCCUCACAUUUGGGGCAGUUUCCAGGACACUGCUAUGAGAAUCUUAGGUUUGUGAAGAUCACUAGUUUCUGCUCCGCGAACCCCUUGAUUAAGUUCGCACGCCAUAUUCUCCAGCAUACAACAUCGCUUGAGUGCCUUACACUGGACAUAACUGCUGGUGGUUUAAGGUGCUCUGAUGACAAAGUUGGUGAAUGUGACGUAAGCAAGGGUACUCUUGUGGAAGCUCCUAAAGCACUCGUGGCUAUCCGAACUUAUAUUGAGGGGAGAGUCCCUUCCACAGUGAAGUUAAAUGUCUUGGAGCCUUGCAACAGGUGCAGUGUUGUUGACGCUUAAGUCUCAAGCUAUCGUGAUUACCGAGUGUAACUUUUCAUGGCUGCGUGCUUUUUAAUUCUUUUAUUAAUACGGAAACCAUAGCCACUUUUUAUUAGACUAUUAAUGUUGAU